AUGUCAAAAGAGAAGAAGCCCCUACCAUUUGCAUACCAGUUUGCAGCCGGUGCUGUGGCUGGUGUCUCUGAAGUAUCCUCUCGAUGUGGUCAAAACAAGAGUCUCCAACAGGGUACCGGAGCCGGUGCCGAAGCUUAUAGCGGAAUGGUCGACUGCCUCCAGAAGAUUGUCAGAAAUGAGGGGUUCUCCCGCCUCUACCGUGGGAUCACUGCACCUAUUCUCAUGGAAGCUCCCAAGCGUGCCACCAAGUUCGCCGCCAACGACAGCUGGGGCGCAUUCUACCGAUCCUUAUUCGGAAUGGAGAAGAACAACCAGCCCCUGGCGAUUCUCACCGGUGCCACUGCCGGUGCAACCGAGUCCUUCGUCGUCGUUCCUUUCGAGCUCGUCAAGAUUCGUCUCCAAGAUCGCAACUCUGCAGGAAAAUACAACGGCAUGAUCGAUGUUGUGCAGAAGAUCGUCAAGCAGGAAGGACCCCUUGCGCUCUACAACGGCCUUGAAUCCACCCUGUGGCGUCACAUUCUGUGGAAUGCGGGUUACUUUGGCUCCAUCUUCCAGAUUCGCGCUCAGCUCCCCAAGGCCGAACCCGGAAACAAGAGUCAACAAAUGCGCAAUGAUAUUAUUGCCGGUACCGUCGGUGGAACCAUCGGUACCAUUUUGAAUACCCCCAUGGAUGUUGUCAAGUCGCGCAUUCAAAACAGCCCGAGAGUCGCGGGUCAGACCCCCAAGUACAACUGGGCUUGGCCGGCUCUGGGAACAGUCAUGAAGGAGGAAGGCUUCGGUGCUCUCUAUAAGGGAUUCAUUCCCAAGGUUUUGAGACUGGGUCCUGGUGGUGGUAUUCUGUUGGUCGUGUUCACUGGUGUGACGGAUUUCUUCCGCAAGAUGAGAGGAGAAUAG